AUGAGCUUUGGGUUUGGUAUCGGGGACUUCCUCGCAGUUAUUCAACUCGCCAACAAAACUCGAAAAGCGUUUGUUGAUGCACCUGUUCAAUUUAAGAGCAUUUCCGAUGAAGUCAGAAGCCUCUCUCUCAUACUACAAGAUGUAGAGAUCGAUAUAUCCGCAAAGGAACUUAGCAGUCAGCAACAGGCUGAUCUAAAAGAUAUAUUAACGGGUUGCAACGAGGUCCUUGCCGAUGUUUUGAAGAGAAUUGAGGACUACGCGGAGCUGUCCACAACAAAUGAUGGCAAACGAAACAUCGCGAAGCGGGUGUGGAAACGCCUGAAAUGGGAACCAAGCGAUGUCCAAGAACUCCGCCUUAGAAUAGGUACUAACAUCGCACUUCUGACUGUAUUUAAUGGACAGAUAACUAGACGAGGCAUGGAAAAACUGGUGCAGCAUCAAGACGAGGAAGCGCGCCAGAAAGUCCUUAAUUGGAUCUCCCCCUCAAACUAUGCCACUCAGCAAAGUGAUUGCAUUGGUCGACGCGAGGAAGGUACUGGGCAGUGGUUCUUGGAUUCAUCUGAGUUCAAAGAUUGGAUCUCUGGUUCAAAGCAAACGCUUUUUUGUCCUGGUAUGCCAGGUGCCGGUAAAACAAUUAUAGCGUCCAUCGUGAUUGACGAGCUCCACGAUCGAUUUGGAAAUGGAAGUGAGGAUAUUGCUAUUGCAUAUCUCUACUGCAAUUUCAAGCGGCACGAUGAACAAAGCGCUGUUGAAAUGUUGUCAAGCAUUUUGAAACAAUUGGCGCAGUCACAGUCACCGUUGCCUAGUAGCAUCCAAGAGAUGUAUGCUAAAUGUGUGGCGAAAGGAACAAGACCAGCAAUGGGUGAAUUAUGCAAGACCAUCCAGCUACUAUCACAGCGAAGCGAAUUUGCAAAGGUUUACAUUGUAAUUGACGCUUUGGAUGAGUGUCGGGUGGAUGAUGGAUCGCGAACAAAAUUCUUGCAUGCGAUCUUCGAACUUCAAGAUGCUUGCAACAUAAAUCUCCUCGCUACCUCCCGGGUUAUUCUUGAAAUAACUCAAAUGUUCAAAGAAAAGCCAACAGUUGAGAUCCGUGCUAGCACGGCAGAUGUCAUGCGAUAUCUUCAGGGAAACUUGGAAAUUCUCCCAGCAUUUGUUACACGAAAUCCGGAUUUGCAAAUAGAGAUUUCAACGGAGAUAACCAGAGCUGUUGAUGGAAUGUUCCUACUCGCCCAGCUUUACCUCAACUCUUUGGUCGGAAAAAGAUCACCCAAAGCAAUCAGAUCCGCACUAAAAGACAUAUUCUCAAGUCCAAAGCAAUACGAUUCCGCAUAUCACGAUGCAAUGAAACGAAUUGAGGGACAAAUGUCUGAUCAAACAGAAAUGGCCAUGCAAGUCCUCGCAUGGAUCACUUGUGCCAAGAGACCUCUCACUACGGCAGAGCUACAAAGUGCGCUAGCGGUUGAAAUAAACGAGUCGGAUUUUGAUGAAGAUAAUCUCCCCGAUCUAAUUGACAUGGUCUCUGUCUGUGCCGGCUUAGUGACAAUCGAUGAACAAAGCAAUGUCAUCCGACUGGUGCAUUAUACAACCCAGGAAUUCUUUGAGCGCAAUCAAUCAACUUGGUUCCCAAAUGCAAACUGUUAUAUUGGCAGCAUCUGCGUGGCUUAUCUGUCAUUGGAUAUUUUCAAAACAGGACAUUGUCGAACAAGAGAGGAGCUUAUAUCGCGCGUAGAUCACCAUCCUUUUGGGGUUUAUGCGGCUCAUUUCUGGGGUUAUCACAUCCGAGAGCGCGAAUCAGACGGAGAGCAAUAUAUCAGCGAAGAAGCAAUCAUUGAACUGCUGCUAGACGGACCGAAAGUCAGCUCCUGUGUGCAGAUCAUGGACAAUGUUGAUCGCCAGCUCCCCCCAUACGAGGUCCGUUUUAGAAAUAGAGACUAUUUACCAACCACCACGCAGCUUGCUACAGCUAUGCAUCUUGCGGCUUACUUUGACUUGCUUGAUGUGACCCGGAAGUUAAUUUCAGCUGGUGGUUCAGUGGACUGCGUGGAUGCUACUGGAAUGACCCCUUUGUCAUGGGCAACACAACGAAACCACCUCGAUAUUAUCACAUUACUUCUAGCAAAUGGCGCAAAUCCUAACAUCAAAGACAACCGAGGCAUGACACCUCUGUUUUUUGCAGCCAGGUGGGGUCAUGAACGAGCACUUCAGUUACUACUCGAAGGAAACGGCGAUAUGCUGUAUAAUGAUAAUGAGGGUCGACCACUACUUCAUGCUUCAGCUAGGAGUGGGUCAAAGGAGGUUGCCCGCCUUCUUUUGAAGCAAGGACUUUCCGCACACGCAGAAGAUGACGAUGGCCACACUCCAUUAUUCCUGGCAGCUUCACUCGGUCAUUUAAAUCUGGUGCAGCUUUUCAUUGACUGGGAUCGCGAUACUGAGACCCCAGGUAUUGAAUUGGACAUCUCAAUGACAGCGGCGGCGCGGAGAGGGCAUGAUGCUAUAGUUCAAUUUCUCCUGGACAGGGGUGCUGACCCCAAUAACUUCCACCUCCAAAAUUUCACUCCACUUAUGCACGCAUCAGCAUCAGCCAAUGCGUCAGUAGUACGACUCUUGUUAGAGUGGGGUGUUGAUUUGGAGAUCAAAGACAGCAGGGGUCUAACUGCACUGAGUCAUGCGGCAAUGCGUUGGAGUACAGAAUCAGUGAUUCGGCUCCUCCUAGAGAAGGGUGCUGAUAUCAACACCAAAGACAAUGCUAGUCGUGGUGUGGUUUUCUAUGCAGCCUCGGAGAACAGAUAUAAGAAUCUCGCUGUUCUUUUUACUUCGACUAAUAUCAGGGGCAUUCACCACCCCGAUCAAUAUGGUCGAACACCUCUACAUGUUGCUGCAACCCGCGGUCAUUUACAAUCAGUUCUUACACUUCUUAAAACCGAUGGUGUUGAUCGUGAGGCUCAAGAUGAGUUCAGUCGCACACCACUAUCUGACGCUGUUGUGCGAAAGAGAUUUGAUGUCGUGAAAGCCCUGGAGACAUUUUCCGAGACAAGCUCUCAAGUGACACUUGAGUCAGUGGUUGGAGCGACUUCUCAACUGGAGGUGGAAGUAGAUUGUGAUAUUUGUGGGGUUGGUAUAUUGAAGGGUGAGGCUUUCUACGAUUGCACCAUUUGUAAUGGAGCUGACUUCGAUAUCUGCGAGGUGUGCUAUCAUCUUGAGGCACGAUGCCUGGAUUCCUCACAUGAGAUGGAGUUACGGCAUGAAAAAGAACUUGAUCAAGGGUGUCCUCGAGCGUGA